AUGUCCGCAGAUCAUCAACGAUAUAUUUAUUCUAAUCCUCAAGGAGGAUCGACAACCUCUUAUGAGUAUCAAACAUAUCCUACACAAGCUUACGUGUCGGCACCACCUCCUCAGGCUCCUCCCCGGCCGAUACGUUCUCCCAUCACUCAGUUUCAUUCGCAACACCACCAAACAACUUUUGCGGCAUCGUCUUCAUAUACACAACAAGCGCCCUAUGCGCCUGCUCCAUCAUACUCUCUUCCUCAGUCGCAGCCUCAAUGGCAGCCUGAAACCUGGUCCCCUCAAUUUGGGACCUUUCAACCUACAUCCAUCACGGCAGACGUGGCGUAUACCCCAAAUGCAGCCCGCCCGGAGCCAGUUUCUCAGACCACCCAUGCAGAGGCACGAUCGUAUGCCGCUGGUCCAUCCAAUCCACCACUUGUUGAGAAUCGCCGCCCAGAGGAACGCUAUCCCCCUGCCCCUGGGUCGGCUCAUGCAUCGCCUAUUCAAAAGAGUAAGAGGCGGGACAAGGAGUCACCAGUCCUGGCUCCAAGUCCAAUUAUCAAUCCUAGUUUAGAUUUUGGGAAGAUGGUAGAGUCCUACGGUAUGAUACUCGAGGGUACCAAAUCCCUGGCGUCCGUGGGAGUUCCUGCGCGGCUCCCACCGCCUGAAACCAUGGAACGUAUGAUCCAGUCCGCGAACUACGGAAGACAAAUGUUACAAUCAGCAGUUGCGCAGUCAAACCCUGACACGAGGCCAUCUACUGGCGGUAGCGACAAGGAAACUCCGGCUAUAAAGCGGCAGAAGGCCGAGGAACAUGCUCAGGAAGGACAAACUUGCCUUGGUUGCAACGCAACCUCGACCCCUGAGUGGAGGCGUGGCCCCCUAGGCCCUCGAACCUUGUGCAACGCAUGUGGCCUCGUGUAUGCUAAACUUCUGAAAAAACGGGCACGAGGGGAACGGUCCCGCGGGGGUAAUAGCAAAGACCUAGGAUCUCAUAACACCAUGGAGGACUCUGUUAUUGCGUCCAGUGGUGGAAGUGAUGAUGACGAUUCUUAUGGGUCACAAGACCGCGACCUAGGUGAUCAUAUACGGAGAGUGUGA